CAAGGAGUACACCGGAUGUGGCUCCUCUGUGUGGCUGGGGUCAAUUUUGGGUUCCCAAGUGACAGUGAGCAAUGGGGAUUGGGUACCUUGCUCCGCAGUAUCCCAGGGGUACCCCAGCCCUUGACCUGGCAGGCACUUGAACCGACAACCCUUCAGUCACAAGUCGAGUUCCCUUUCCACUCGGCUAUGAGCUUCCCAUUUCAAAAAUGCAAACACUUGCACUUUACAAACAGAUGGAAUAUAUAUUUCAGCUCCAUAGUGGUCUCAUCUGUGUCAGAAUCUUGAAAGUGGAUUGGAUUUACUUUGCAGCCAUCAGACUGUUUUUACUGGUGUCUUCGCAUGAGUAAGUCCUACAGCCAUGACCACUAGACUCCUUUGGAGGGCCCUGUGCCUGUUGGCGCUACACUGCACCAUCUCACUCUUCAGCUACGCCGACAACCUCCCACAACCCUCAGAGCAGGGAGUCACCUUCAGCCAUGUCUAUAAAAUUGACAUCCCUGGGAGUUCUAGCUGUAAAGUGGAACAACUGCCAACCCAGGAUGACACAGGUCUACAGACAGAUCCCAGUGCAAAAGGAGAGAAUGAUAUCGUCUUCAGACACAACAUCAGGCUACAGACACCGAAGUGUGACUGUGCGGAGUCUGAAAGCUUCCUGUCUUUGUUGUACAGAGUCAAUGGGCUGGAGGAAGAAGUUACAUACCUAAAGACCCAGUGUGCUCAGGGCUUGUGUGGAAAAAGUUGUGCUGCAGGUGCGGACACAAGCUGCAGUGGUCAUGGCAUCUACCAACACGACACCUGCAGUUGCCUCUGUUAUCCAGGAUGGGAGGGCCCCGAUUGCUCGGUGUCCUCCUGUCCAGAUGAGUGCAAUGACAACGGCCGAUGUGUGGCCGGGAAGUGUGUGUGUCACCAAGGCUACGCGGGAGACGACUGCAGCCAGAUCACGUGUCCAGACAAUUGCAAUGACAAGGGUCACUGCGUGGAUGGAAAAUGUGUGUGUUUCCCACACUUCACUGGUGAGGACUGCAGCAUACCCAAGUGUCCCAACGACUGCAUCGGUAACGGCCAGUGUGUUAAUGGCCAGUGCAUCUGUGAUGAAGGCUUUUAUGGAGAGGACUGUUCAUUGGUCUUUGGCCCUCAGGGACUGCGGGUGGUCCAGGUCACUGAUGUCUCCCUCCUGGUUGAGUGGAAGUCUGUUCGUGGCGCAGAAUAUUACGUUCUGACGUAUCAUCCCAAGGAUGACAUGAGUGCCUCAGCGCUGGUUCGGAUCCCCAACACAGAGAACUCCCACCUGAUCACAGGUCUGACUCCUGGAGUCACCUACAUCACCCAGGUGUAUGCAGUCAUCAAAGAAAUCCAAAGUGAAGCAGACAAGAUUGAGGCUACCACAGGUGUUUCCUCUAUUGAUGAUGUUCAGGUUCUUGGCCAGACAGAAGUCUCUAUCCAGGUGGACUGGAGGAACCCACCAGGAGACGUGGAUCACUUCAGGCUCACACACACCGACCCAGAGGGACAGGAGGAGGAGCUGAACGUGCAAAGUAGCCAGGAGGCUCGCACUAAGCACACUUUUGUGGGUCUGUACCCAGGAACAGAAUACCUGAUCUCAGUGCAGGCCAUCAAAGGAACAACAGAGGGGAAACCGUCCUCUGUCACUGGUGCCACAGACUUUGAUGCUCCAACAAACCUUAUCACCACUGAGGUAACAGAGGACACUGUGACAGUCUCAUGGGAUCGAGUCCAGGCAGAAAUUGAGGGCUACAUGCUGAGCUACACCUCAGCUGCAGGCUCCAGCUCAGAGAUCUUUGUCGGCCGUGAUAGUACUUCAUACAGGCUGAUUGGAUUAAGGCCUGGAGUUCUCCACAAAGUCUACAUCUGGUCCUUCAAGGGAGACAAAGUCAGCAGGAAGAGUUCAACAGAAGCUGAAACAGAGCUGGACGCCCCUACUAACGCCUUGGCCCAUGAUGAGUCAGAGUCCAGUUUCAGGGUGUCCUGGGAUCAUGCUUGGGCAGACAUUGAUGGCUAUGUGCUAAGCUACAGCUCUUCUGAGGGUUCGAGGGCAGAAAUCCCACUGGGACCUGACAGUUCUUCUUACAUGCUGACUGGCCUGAAACCGGGAGUUAUCUACACCGUCCACAUCUGGGCCAUCAAGGGUGACAAAGCCAGCAGGAAAAUCUCAACACAAGCUGAGACAGAAUUGGAUGCUCCUGCUAACCUCUUAGCCCAGGAUGAGACAGAGUCCAGUUUCAGCCUGUCGUGGGAUCCGGUCCAGGCACAAAUUGAUGGCUACAUCCUCGCCUACAGCUCUUCUCAGGGCUCUAGUGUGGAAAUACCCGUGGGGCCUGACAGGACAUCUUACAGUGUGACUGGCUUAAGGCCAGGAGACCUCUACACUGUGUACAUCUGGGCCAUCAAGGGGAACAAAGCCAGCAAGAAGACCUCGACGCAAGCACAGACAGAACUGGAUGUUCCUUCUAACCUCUUAGCUCGAGAUGAAACAGAGUCCAGCUUCAGAGUGUCCUGGGAACCCGUCCAGGCAGAAAUUGAUGGCUACAUCUUAACCUACAGCUCCUCUGAAGACUCUAGUGAAGAAAUCCCAGUCGGGUCUGACAGCACCUCUUAUACACUGACUGGCCUGAGGCCUGCAGUUCUCUACACUGUCUACAUCUGGGCUUUUAAGGGAGAAAAAGCCAGCAAGAAGAUCUCUACAAAAGCUGAGACAGAUAUUGAUGCUCCCAAAGACCUGAAGGCUACUGAUGUGCAAGUGGAGUCUGCUUUAUUGACGUGGAUCGCUCCUCUGGCUGACAUCGAUGGUUACAUCCUCACAUACAGAGACGAGGAUGGCAACAUGGAGAGUGUUGAAAAGCAGCUUCGAGCCAGUGAGAGCACGUUUGCCGUUUCCAGUCUGGAGACUGGAAAACGCUACAUUGUGAGCAUCAUCGCUUAUCGAGGCAACAAAAGGAGCAAAGUCGCGGAGACCCUCUUCAAAACAGUUGGCGUCCUCUACCCAUUCCCCAUGGACUGCAUUCAGAUCAUGAAGAAUGGCAACAAGAAGAGUGGCAUCUUCACCGUUUACAUUAACAAUGACCGCUCCAAACCAAUAGAGGCUUACUGUGACAUGGACACUGAUGGAGGUGGCUGGCUGGUGCUCCAGCGCCGCACCACUGGCAAGCUGGACUUCAUGAAACGCUGGAGGCAGUACAUUGCAGGUUUUGGCAACAUGACAGAUGAGUUCUGGAUCGGUCUGGAUAAAAUAUAUGAGCUCACGAACACUCCUACUCAAUAUGAGGUGCGGUUUGACUUGGGCCUGGGCUCAGAGAGGGCCUAUGCUGUUUAUGACAACUUUAAGAUUGCUUCGGUCAGGCAGAAGUUCAAACUCACUAUUGGAAAAUACAGCGGGACAGCAGGUGAUGCUAUGACCUACCAUCAAGACCGAUCCUGGACUACUAUUGACUCAGAUAAUGACUUGGCUCUGGGGAACUGUGCCCUGACUCACCGUGGUGCCUGGUGGUACAAAAACUGUCACCUGGCCAACCUGAACGGCAAAUGGGGCGACAACAGGCACAGUUUGGGCGUGAAUUGGGAGCCAUGGAAGGGCCAUCUGACGACCCUCGACUUCACAGAGAUGAAGAUCCGACCUGUGGGAGCCUUGUCCAGCAGGAAGAGGCGGUCAUUGUUGGCCAGAGAGAAAAGCAGAAGUAUGAACCUCAAAAAGAAUUAGAACAGUAGUUUCUUGUGAAACCACAACAGCUGUCUUUAGCCACAUUAACCUGCCAUCACACUAGACUGGAAUAAAUGUCCUCUUUUUAACGUAGCUUGGAUAACCUGGUUCAGUGCUCACCAGAGCAGGAUCCCCUCUGGUCUUCGUGCCUCUCAACAGUAUGCACACCUUUUCAUCGGGGAUGGGGCAUUGACUUGCAAAUAACUUAGUGUUAAAAUCAAAAGCUCCCGGGUUCAGUGUGACUGUGGGGAGACGGCAAAUGUGAAACGUCCUUUGAGUUGAUAUGAAGUGAACAUGUAUUUUUUAAGAGAAACGAGUCCUGUUUUGCUGAUCCUGAUUCAAACAUCAACCAUAAAUCAGGAAACAGUAGCUUUGAACUAAAUCCAUUUUUAUUUUUUUUUAAACCCAGGGCACAGCCCAGGACAUUUGUAUUAUAUUUGUUAAAGUCAUGUUUUUUUUGAAUAAUUUGUGUAGCAACUUAGCCUGUGUAUAAGAGUAUUGUCCUAGUAACAUAAAUAUUUGAAACAGUAGUAAAGAUGGUUUGUGUGUUUUGUUUUAAAUAACGUACUGAUGACUGGCUAGUCAGUAUCCUUUUUUGGUUUUAUGGAUCGGGAAGUUGUCUCAAUAACUGUCACAUCCCAUUAGUUUGCAUGGGACAAGCGACGGACUAACAGUGGAUGCUGUCUUGAUCGGCCAUAUUGCUCCUGCUUUAUAUUCAUACGAUUAGGACAGCACAUAUCAAUCAAUGUGAUGGGCCCGCAUCAAACGUCAAUAACAAUGAUGUUUGUUUGCCCCGUCUUUACAGAAUUAAUGACCACGUCCCUGUUUUCAAUCUGGAAAGCUGACAAAGGUUAUUAAUACUGGUUUGACUCUGGCUUUAUAUCAUGGUUACUCACUUUUUUUUACACUUAUAUCGGUCGGUUUACGUGACGUGGGCCGAGAGCAUCAAUCAAGAUGCUAAUCAGCCAUAACUGUUUUACAGUCCCUGCUCCUCAUAAAUUGUGUGUUUCCUGGCAUUUUUUUCUUGUUAAGACUUCAUGGGUCAUGGCACUUUAUUCCAGCCAAUAUUUAAAAAGGCUUUUCAAGGACAGAAAUGAGGACCUACACUCUGGAAUUAAAAAUGUGCAAAUGAAUAUAGUUUGUCAUUUGUCAUUGUUGUCAAGCUCUUUCAUAUUCAAGGCUCAUAAUUCCAACAGUAAAUAAAAAAUUAAGUUUU